AUGAGAGACAGGUGCCCUCCCGCGAAGCCUCGGCCCGGUCGCAGCAAGCACGUUCUGCUUCCCGGCCCGCGGGUUCCUUCAGAAGCCACUCCGCGCCUCACCUGGGACUCCCCCCGGCUCGGGGCCGCGAUGGAGCCCACGGCCGCCACCAAGUUCACUGGGCGCUUGCCGCUCCUGUUUCUGCUGCUGCGGCUGCUGCGCGGGAUCUCGGCGGCGCCCGCGGGGUUGGGCGUGGGCGCGACGCGCGGCGGCGGAGAGACAGAUGCUCUCUCGUUUUCCUACCAUUUCUCCAUCACAUCUCAGGCCAGGCCUGGACAACCAUGGUGUCAGAUUCAAGGCCAGAUCAAUGGCAAAACGUUUCUUUCCUAUGACUGUCAGACCAAGGAGUUCAAACCCAUUGGUCCUUGGGGGAUGAAGCUGAAGGACACAGCAUUUUGGCAGAAACAGGAGGAAACUGUGAAACUCCUGGUAGAAGAGCUCAGAAAGAAACUGCUGGACAUCAAAGUAGAGAAUUUCACUAAAAGCGGUUCUCUCACCAUGCAGGGCAGGCUCACAUGUGAGCGUGGGGCCGAUGGACACACCAGAGAAUCCUGGCAGUUUUCCUUCAAUGAGCCGAUAACCUACCUCUUUGACCCGAAGAAGAGAAAGUGGACAGUGGAUCAUUCUGGAGGCCAACAGGUUAAGGACAUGUUGGAUGGUGACAGAGAGCUGACCAAGCUGCUUGUGAGGACCUCAAACGGAGACUGUCAGAGCUGGCUGCAGCAAGUGUGGGAGCGCUGGGAUGAAACGCAGGAGACCACAGGAGCACCAGCCACAACCCUGCAUGUAGCUCUGGUCAAAGGCGCAGCCAUCAGGCUGAUCUCUUCUGUCUUCCUUGUGGUCCUCACGCACUCAAUCCUCCUUGUCAUUCAAGGCAUAGUCCUUUGAGUAACA